UCAGAUAAACACCACAUCAAACCAUACUAACCAUGGAAGAUAUCUUCUUGUACACAUCUCUCUCAAUCAUCGUGUGCCUCCUCAUCACUCUAAAGCUGUUUGGACGGUGUCGUUACCCCAACCUCCCUCCAAGCCCUUCCUUUCCUCUUCCUAUUCUCGGCCACCUCCACCUUCUCAAACCCCCGGCCUACCGCACCUUCCACCGCCUCGCUCAGAAACACGGCCCGAUCUUCUCCCUCUGGUUCGGCUCCCGCCGCGUGGUCAUUAUCUCCUCCACCUCGGCCGUGCAAGAAUGUUUCACCAAAAACGACAUCGUGUUGGCGAACCGUCCUCCUUCACUCUUGGGCAAGCACUUUGCGUACAACAACACCACCAUGUCCUCCUCACCCUACGGCGACCACUGGCGCAACGUUCGCCGUAUCGGCACCGUCGAGGUCUUGUCCACUGGUCGGCUCAACUCGUUCUCUGAUGUCCGAAAAGACGAAGUCAAGCAUUUGCUGCGCAAGCUCUCUCAAAACGCAGGGGAAGAAGGUGGUUUUGUGAAAGUGGAGCUGAGGUCUAUGUUCUAUGAGCUGACCUUCAACAACAUAAUGACAAUGGUAGCAGGGAAGAGGUUCGCCGGGGACCAUGUUUUGAACAAAGAAAAGGGGAAGGAGUUCAUCGAGAUCAUGAACGAGACUCUCUCGUUAGGUGGUGGAACCAAUCCCGGAGAAUUCAUGCCCUUUCGCAAUUGGUUUGGCGGUAGUGUUUUUGAAGAGAAGGUGAAGAAGUUGGCCAAAAGAGCAGAUGCGUUCUUUCAACAUCUGAUUGAUGAACACAGGAACAAAAGUGCUUCGGAGAGUAAAAUUACCAUGAUCGACCAUUUGCUUUCCCAGCAGGAGUCACAGCCUCAGUACUACACCGAUGACAUUAUCAAAGGACUAAUACAGGUUUUAUUAUUGGCGGGCACAGACACAUCUGCAGUAACAUUAGAAUGGGCCAUGUCCAAUUUGCUAAACCAUCCAAAUGUGUUAAAGAAGGCUAGAGCCGAAUUGGAUGCUCAAAUUGGUCAAGAACGCUUAGUAGACGAAUCAGACCUCUCCAAUCUUCAAUACCUACAAAGUAUCAUUUCUGAGACUCUUCGGUUGUACCCGGCAGCACCGAUGCUAGUACCACAUUUUGCAUCUGAUGAUUGUGUUGUUAGCGGAUUCAAUAUACCACGUAACACAACGGUAUUGGUCAAUGCGUGGGCCAUACAUAGAGACCCGAAGUUGUGGGAUGAACCUGAAAGCUUCAAACCUGAAAGGUUUGAAAUCGGCAAAAACGAUGAGGCACGUAAACUUAUGCCGUUUGGAAUGGGAAGAAGGGCAUGUCCUGGAGCAGGCUUGGCCCAACGUGAGGUGGGAUUGACUUUGGCUUCAUUAAUUCAAUGCUUUGAGUGGGGGAGGGUCAGUGAUAAGAAGGUUGAUAUGACUGAAUUAGGAAAGGGAGCCAUCAUGCAUAAACUUCAACCAUUGGAGGUCAUGUGCAAACCACGCUCAUUUAUGAAAAAUGUUGUUCAUUGAUUCAACGAAUAAGACAAUUAACUGCAAGAUAUAAUUAGAGUGGUGUAUGUUUUCCAAUUAAUAUUUAAAGUAUUAGUAUAUAUUGUACUAUAUACUAUCAUCAUUUUUAGUGUGUGCACGGAAGUUUUAGUAUAUAUUCAUGCAUAUUUGUAAGUACGUAAUUUCUGAUAAGAAAAAAAG